CUCACCUCCUCCCCAUACUGUGUUGCCCAGGACAGCAGUGUGGGAGCUGACCUUUUCUGUGAAGACCAAGGCAAAAAAACCAUUGAGUACUUCAGUUGAAGGAUGCCAAAGGCUGAAAUUUCACCUCUUUAAUUUUGACUUGAUCGAACUGAGAGCUGGUGUGUCUGUGAUGGCAUUUUGGAAUUAAAAAAGGAAGGGAAGUGGAAAUAUUCAAGCAUGGAUGAAGAGUUCUCCAAGUCUCUUGAAAAGUAAAAUAUACCAAGCUGUUUAUUGCUGCUAUACAACUCUCAUGGCAACACUGAAGACAAGGUCAACUAAUUGUAACCUAUAGUGGGCUUCUUAUCGCCCGUUUGAAAUGAAUGCAAAUUAAGGAUUGUGUGAACUGCAGAGAGAGGAUGGAACUAACAGAGAGAGAGAAAGAGAAACAGGAGGAGGAAGAACCUGAUCUUCAAAGGACGGCCAGUGCCUCUCCACCAACUAUCCAGGACGUGCGAUCAAAUAUGGAUCCAUGGGGACAAGCAACACCACCAGAGGAAACAUCAGAACUUGACGAUGCCGUGACAAUGGGACAAGCAACACCACCAGAGGAACAAGCACUACUACUGGAACCUUGUGCUCCGCCCCCGCGGAUACAUGCGCCUUCCCCGAGGAGACUUCCGAUAAGGCUUCCUACUUACGCCCCACCGAUGAGAUUUCUGGAAGUGCUUCAACAGAGGAGAGUUCUAGUAAGGGUUCUGGUAUCACUGGGAGCAUCACUGUUAGUAGCAGUACGUACGUUUUGUACAAAAGGGAGUGUGCCUAAUUCAGAGAAGACACAGAACAAGGGGAAAAAUGAGGGUCAUGAUGCCAAGUCACAGGUUAAUGAAACUGUCAGCAGUGGAGCAGCAGAAAUAGUGGAGGGAUUGACAUUAUUGUUUCAACUUUGCAAGACUCAGAAAAUAUCACCAGGUGAGAUCUGGAAGAUGUCUGCAGAGGUGACUGAAAAACUUAAUCCACAGAAUGAAGCUGAGGAGCUUCACACUGGCGCCAGCCAGCAGCUGGAGAGACGGGACAUCAACCGAGAGUAUCAGCAGCAAUUGAUUGAUCUGUGUGACACAAAGAUUGAAGAGAAGAUGUCAGGUGCACAUGACAUGAAGAUCAAAGAGGAAAUAGAUUCACUCAAACAGACCAAAACAUUUAUUCAACAAGAGCUACAGGAUCCAACAUCGAAGAGCGAUUCAGUAGCAGUAACUGUGAAAGCUACGUUUGCUGCCUUUCUUCUAGUACUGACAGUGAUGGCGAUAUGCGCUUUUCGUGCUGUAAAGAUCAAGAAAAUUCUGAAUGAGAUGGAAAGAGAAGACGCAGCCUCACCGGAGAAAAAAUCUGACAGGGAGCGGGAGAAGAAGAAGAAUGAUUUGAAGCAGAAACUGGAAUCUUUACAAAAAAUGGUGUCAGGAACAGCAUCGGUUAUCCAUACUGUAUUAGAGUUAUGUCGUUUGGGAAAUGUGCUAAACAAUCAGCAAAUUAUGUUAGUGAAGGGCCUGGCAAACCUAGUUGCUGGUGGAAUUCAGAGAGCAAAUGAUGAAGCAGAAGUAACUGCAGCAGUGAGUGAGGCUGCAAAAAACGGUGCUCAUCAGCUUCAGAGAAAAUUUGCUGAAUUGGUUGAGGGAGAUGAGCGUAAGAAACUAAAGCAAAGCCUGGCUCAAAUGGCAGAUUCAUAUUCUCCACUAGUCCAAAGUGAAUUUAGGGAAAGUGAAUUUAACAAGGAAUUCAGUGCCCAUGUAGACAGUUACGGUCCUGAAACUUUUCAGCCUUCAGUGGAGUCCUGCCAAAAACUGGCAGCAUUGCUGUGGGCUCUGUAGAGUAGAUACACUGUACAUGGUGCCUCCUUUUGUAGAUGAGCCUACACAUCUUUCUGUCAGUGUAAGAACAUCCCCACCCCAAAAGACGCUCGCUAUGUUGACAGACGCUCUGUCUGCAAUGGGGGGUUUGUCGGCAUAGCUACAUUGGUCAGGCCUGUGGCUUUUUCACACUACUGACCAACAUAGCUAGGCCAAUGUAACUUUGAAGCGUAGACCAGGCCUAAGAUGAUUAUAUAUAUACACAAAAUUCGUUGUACUUUUUUCAACAAAAUUAAUUUUGAGCCCAAGCCAAGUCCAGUGAUAGCUUCAUUGUUGCUUGAAAAGUCAGUUUGACCAUUUUGGAGUUAUACAAGCAUGUAAAAAAGAUGGGGGUUUUGGUUGGUUUUUAAAUCAGGAUGUGAUACUCAAAUGGCUGACACUAAACUGGCUGCAGGGAGCUCAGGAAGUGCAAACCCUGCAGCACUUCCUCCUCCCCCUGCAGUUCGAAGCUCCAUGUUGGUGGGGUGCUGGCAGAGCCUGCAUGUGAGCAGCAUUGCCAACCUCAUGUUCAAAAAUCGUAAGUCAGACUCCUCCCUCCAAAGGAAUAGAUAGUUUUAAAAACCAUGAGAAUUUAAAACAUCAUAAACUUUCUUUCAUUUGCAUUUUGAAAUAUGCCUGUCUUGCUCCUUGCGGCAUACCUGACAAAAUUUGCAAUCAAAGCAUAUAUUUACAUGUAUUUGCCUACAUUUGCAUAUAAAUGUUGCUGCUUUGUCUCACUUA